AUGCCUGCCAAAUACAUCUUCAAAGCUUUUUUUUACUAAUCUGACAUGCAAUAUCUUGUAACAGCCUACUGCCAAAUCUACCCCUCGGACCUUUAAUUCUUAAACUACAGCAUGAUAGAAAGAAAUGAAGAUCCUAGAGAUAAUGACUUUCUAGCUUAAUAAAAUGAUCAAAGUGAUUGUCUUUGUUUCAAAGUGUAUGGAUUUGAGAAAGAUAGAUAUGGUUAGAAUAAAACAUUGAGAAAAUGUGACUAAUCUUAUCAAAAUAAGAUGUGCUUCUCAGAGGACUGUAAGCGUGUUGCUAUCUACAGAUUACUAGAAAAUGAUCAGAAUCAAAUCAUUAAAUCGCAAGCAAACACAAAAAGCUAUGUCAUUGAUAUCUUUGAUUGCAGCAAUAUUGAAUUCUUUUUGAGAUCAGAAACUUUAACUAAGAAUGAUCCAAAUCUUUUAUACACUAUUCAUGACGAUUAACUUAAAAGGGCUGCUAUCUUAGAGGAUUCAACUUUCGAAUUCAGUAGUAAUUACUAGUACCUUCAUGUUAUUGAAUCAAGAAAAAUCAUUCAUAUUUAUGAUCUUUAAGGUCAUGUGGAUAAAAUCAUAAAUCAGGCAAAGAUCUUAGCAACACUUCCUCAAAAUUUUGAAACAAUAUUGACGUUCACAAUGAAUGAAGAGAUGCCUAGUGAGUCUUUAGUUGCUGCAAAGAGAUCUGACUUUAGGAAUAUUGAUAUCUUUCCAAUACAAAUGAUUUUAGAUAUCACUUCAAGGCAAUAGGAACUUUAAAAAAUCAUCCUAACAUAGCAAGAAUAUUUGAAAAUUGCCUCGAAAUUUCCCAUUAGCUCAAUUAGACUUCAAAAUUUCGAUAUUAAAACUACAACUCUCAAAUUUUCAAGUGAUAUGACUUAGGCUAUAUAUUGUGAUUCAAAUCAAAGUACAUUACUUUAGCUUGCUUAAGAGGGUAUAACUUAACACUAAGUAGAUAUUAAUCAUUUAAAUGGCAAGAUAUGCCGCCAUAUUGUUCAUUUUGGAGACUCUGAAUUUCUAGUUGCUACUGCUGAUGCCUAGGAUAAGUGUAUUAGUAUUAGACACUCUUCAGAUACUAGCAAGAAAAUCAAAUUCUAUUUCAGAUUUAAAGAAGGAGUCACAGAGGUCAGAGAUAUCUACAUUUGUGAAAACAGAGUAAGAAUUCUCGUUACAAGGGAUGAUGAAGAGUUUAUUAUCUAUGAAUACGAAAACUUCUAGAUAAAGGAGACCUUUUGGUAAAGAUUUUAUGAAAGCUCUAACUAUAUAUUUGAAUGGCCGUAUCUUUGCUACUUGAAAGGUUAAAGGCAUAUAGUAGUUUAGAAUGCAUUUAACACUGAGGUCGCAUUCUAUUUGGAACUAGAAGAAUUAUAUGACGAUGGGGAUCCUAAAGCAUUUAUAUCCAAUAUGUUCUUAUCUGAUAAGUGCUUACUGUAUGUUAUAAUUCAAACAAGCAAGGAAUAUCUUAUUUAUGAGAAAGAUCUUGACAAGUGUAUGCCCUAUAUAUUUGAUAGAUAAAAUUAGACAGGAAAUUCGCCGAAUUUAUGCAUUUAUGAUGAAGAUGUUGUGAAAAUAAUUGAUACUGGCUACAAAUUUAGAGAAGUUGGAGAUAAUCUUCUAGCCUAUAAUACUGUUGAUGAAAACAAAAAGAAGACUAAUGAGAUUAAAUAUCUAAAGAUAGGUCAUUCCGACUGCUAAACUUAUAAGGUUUUCGAAGAAACUGAAGGAAAGCUUUUAGAAUUUCUUGUUUAAGUUGGAAAACUCUUAAUUCUAAGCAAACCAGAAUAGAGUGAACAUUACUUCAUUAAGAUUUAUGAUAUCAACAGUAACUACUAAAGUAAAUUGCGAAGUGUGAUUCCCACAACUGAUUAGAAUUUAAUAGGAAAUCUUCAAACUAUCAACUAUUUCUAAGGAUCACUAAUUCCAGCUGGAAAUGAGCUCUACAAGAUAGUUGAAAACGGAGGAAAAAAUGCUAUUCAUCACUUCAAAAAUGUAAUUCCAAUGCUACCAUCAUCUGGAAAUCAGUUAGCGUUUUAUUCUCCUCUAAUGAAUACAGAUUAUCGUAAAAUGAUUUAUUUUGUGACCAAUAAAGUUUUAAUGAGAACUAAACGAGCUAUUAUUAUCCCUUUCUUAGGAGAUAACUACUCAGUUUUUAACAAAAGAUAGAGUAUUACAUAAUUUUGCUAAUUUUAUGAGUAUAAUCAUCCUUAGCAAAGGCAUAAGAUUAUCGAUGUACUAUGUCUAAUACCAUAUAUUAGAAAAAUAUUUCACUAUAAUCUUAAGGGAUAAUUAGUGUAAAGUUAUCACAUGAAGAAUGACUUCUAAACUUAUGGAGAAAUGACCUUAGCAUUAAGUUAAGAUGGUAAGGCAUUCUUACAGACUUUUGAAGAGGAUGUCACGAGGUCUAACUUUUACAUUCUAAAGAUCUAUAUAAAAUCUAAGGAUAGUUAAGACAGUAUUAGCAACUCCCCAAAGAAUGCAAUUGGGUAAAGUAGUAUAUGGCAAAAGAAGACUUUAAGAAGACUCCACACUUUUAAUUUUGCUACAUAAUAGUCAGAUUUAAAGGUCAAAAUGCUUGAGCAUAUAAGAGCCGAUUAACUUAGAGUCCAUGAUGAAUAGUAUAUCAAGAUUAACAAAUUCUUCUUAAGUGAAAUCAUAAACUAUUAUGUAUCUAAAAGCUGUGAAGUAAUCUACAAAAUGAAUGAUAAUAUGGACAUUCUUAUUGGAUUUGUCUAUUAAUCCUACCUAUAAGAUCAAUUAGCAAGCACUAAUAAAUACUUGAAAGAAUUGCUACUCAUAAAAAGAUAUGAUGAUGGCGAUAGAGUAGUAUUCAAAGUUAGGAUCAAUGAAAGUCAAUAAAACUAGGGAAGCAAAAUUACUGAGCUAGUUGGAUUUAGCAUCAAAGAGAAAUUACUUGAAAGUCAACAUAACCAAAAGUAAAUAAGUGAUGAAAUAGAGGAAUAAAAUUUCUUCUAGGAUAUGAAACCACUAAAAUAAUGUAACGACUUCAUUUUGACAAAUGAUAAAGUUAUCUUGUGGUCUAAAACAUAAGUAUAUCAUGGGGAUCUUAAGGUUGUUAAUUCCAACUCACAUUAAAUAGCUCUAAAAUUGGCCCAAUUAGAAAUAGAAAAUAAAGAAGAAGCAUAAAUAGUUUCAGUCAAUGCAUACGGUCAGAACGAAGAGGAUGUUAAAAUGGGAAAUUAUUAUAUCUAUUUGAAGAUUGAGGUAGAUAAUAGUUACUCCUUCAUUACAAAAUACAAUAUUCUUAAGAACAAAGAAUUUACAUCGUUUGAUUGCUCCAAAUAAGCACAAAUAUUCUUUGAUACGAAAUGUGAGGGAUAUAUUUUAGAUGACGAUUCUAUUAUUGAUAUAGAUUAAGGUACACCUUUGUAUUACUAUAAAACAGGAAUGGACAAUUACUAGGUCUAAUACUUGAUUGGUGCUAAAAUUGACAAAGGAUCAAGAUUUUGCUCUAAAAAUCAACACUUUAUGAUUCGAAAUAAAUUUUACCUUCCAUACAGCUAUUUAUCACUAAUCCUAAUGGAUUAAAAUUAGGGACUUGCUUUAAAUAAUGAAAGAUACGAUCCUGAAGCUAUCUAUUUCUAUGAGGGAUAAUCAGUUUUGCAUUAAUAUUCCAACAACUAUAAGCCUUUGGAAUUCAUUUUGAACAAAUAUCAAUAAACAAAUCCAAAGUUGUUGAAUAUGAUCUUUAUCAAAGAUAACUAGGGAAAUAAUGUUCUUUAAAAAGCAAUAUAAUAUGGAAACACAAGAUGUGUAAAACUUAUCCUCGACAAACUAUCUUCUGUCUCAAUGAAUAACAUUCAUGCAGUUAAAUAGAACUUUGGGGACCUGUUAGAUUAUAAUGGCUUCGAAGAAUAUUUGAGACUAUGUUUCUUUUAGACAAUACAGAUGCAAAAUAAGCAAAUCUUCCAAAGAAAAUCAACUAAAGUAGGUCAUUCAUACAUCAUUCGGCCCCAUAGUACAUCAUUUCUUGAUGCUAAGUUUCAUCAAAACUUUUAGGAUACUUCCCAACCAACUAAACAAGUCGUAAUUAAAUCUCUUGAUGCUGGGUGGAUUCUAAGAUCUGAUGCAGGAAUGGAGUUUUAGAUUAAGCUGUCAUAAUCAGAAAAUAUGGAAUACUUCGCUAUUGAAACCAUAAAUUUGAUUGUUAACUAUUAGUGGAAUAUAAUGAAACCUCUGCUUAUAAAAUGGCUUUUCAUUCCAUUUAUUAUCAACAUGGUUAUUUACAAUGUUUUCUGCAUCCAUUCCUAUGAAAUUUAAUUUGAAGAUGAUUAUGAGAAUAGUGAAUUAGGUUUAAAUCUUGCAACAGAGAUAAUCAUCCUAAUUUUUGCCAUAUAAACGAUUUAUAUUGAGUAUCGUUAGAUUAUAUUCCAUAAAAAGGAGUAUAUUAAAUCAUUUUGGAAUUUACUAGAUUUAUCAACUGUAAUUCUUGCACCAUUAACGGUCAUUUUGAGCUUAGCCUCAGUGGAUUCAACUAUUGUGAGACCAUUUAUGGCUGUUUGCAAUUUGAUUUUCUAUAUGAGAUUUUUUUAUUUCCUGAGAAUUUUUGAUAGCUCUUCUCAUCUUGUGAGAACCAUUAUUGAGAUCACAUUUGACAUUAGAAAUUUCUUAUUUGUAUUCUUCUUAGGCAUUAUUGGAUUCGGGACUAGUUUCUAUAUUCUUUCAAAUAAUAACUUAAAGGAAAAAGAAGGAGCGGUUUUCAUUGAAAGCUUUUGGGAAUCAUUUAUUUUUUCUUAUAGAAUGGCUCUUGGUGAUUUCCAAUUAGAUGAUUUUCCAAAGGCUACUGAUAUAUUUUUGAUUUACACCCUAUUCGUUAUCUGCUCAUUAUUUAGUGCUGUUAUUUUACUAAACAUGCUUGUGGCAAUUAUGGGAGAUUCUUUUAACAGAGUAAAUGAGACAUCCGAAAAUCAAAUAGUAAGAGAGCAUUUGUAACUUAUUGUAGAGAACGAUUUCUUAUUUGAUAGAAAGAAAGAGUUCUCUAAUGUGAAGUAUUUGAUAGAAAUUAAGGAUGAUAUUGAAGAAGAUGAUAAAGAUAUCAUGCAUCAAAAGAUUGAUAAACUUCAAUAGACUGUAUCAAAAACAGGAGAGAAGACUGAAAACCAAAUUUAAGAGAUAAAGGAUAUUUUAAAGAGUAAUGAUCUUAAAUUCUAGCAGCUUAAAAACCUAAUGACUAAAAUUGCUUUUGCUUAGAAGUCUUAUUCAAUUGAUGAUUCUAGUGAGGCAUUUCAUUAAGUUUAAACCUCAAACUUGAAAGAAAGUUAUUCAUCUGCUUCAAUCAGUCAUACCAAAUGA